AUGCCCUCGAUUGAUGUAUGUCCACUAUGUGUCAAGAAACCAUUAGAGAAAUCAACCAAAGUAUCGGAUAUCUCAUGGUUACAAUGUGAUAUCUGUAAACAAUGGUUCCAUAGUGUUUGUUUGAAAUUGCCCCAAAUUGAAAUUAAUAAUAUUCAUUCUUAUCAUUGUGAUAAAUGUAAGAAGCAUCAUGGUGAAUCGGUAUUUAAGAGGAAAUCAAAAAGAAGUAGAAUAAAAGUCGAUUAUGCUGCUUUGAAUGAUGGUGAUACUUUCUUACUUGAUAAAACUUUCCAUCCUCAUGUAUCUACCUUCUUAGAUUAUCCUAUUGAUGCUAAUGCUAUGGAUGAGAAGAAUAAUCCAUAUUUGGAUAUCCUUGAUAAUUUAACCAAACUGUAUGGUUUGACUUCUCAAUUAAAGAAACCAAUACUUAUACCUCAAGUUGAUAUUGAUAUAGUAGGUAUGACAUUUGCUAUACCCAAGGAAAAAAUAACCAUUGAUUAUAUCACUGAUAAAGUAGGUGAUGAAGAAUCAGUAGAAGUAAUGGAUGUAUUAUCCCAACAAGGAGUUCACCCUGGUUGGAAUAUGGGGAAAUGGAGAGAUUAUUUCAAUACCGAUGAAUUAAGUCGAGAUCGAAUUCGAAAUGUUAUAUCAUUAGAAAUAUCUCAAGUAAAACAGUUAGGUCAAGAAUUCUCUCGUCCUACUAUGGUUAAUGAAAUGGAUUUGGUCGAUAAAGUAUGGGAUCAAACUGAUGAACAACCUCGAUCUCAAGUUACCAAAUAUUGUUUAAUGUCAGUUAAAAACUCAUUCACUGAUUUUCAUAUUGAUUUUGGAGGAACUUCAGUAUAUUAUACCGUAUGUAAAGGUUCAAAAACAUUUUUAAUGUAUCCUCCAACCGAUGAAAAUCUUGAAUUAUAUAAAACCUGGUGUUUAGAACCCAAUCAGAAUUUCAUGUGGUUUGGAGAUUAUAGUUCAACCAUUAAUGGGAAACGAUUAACUCCUAAUGGUGGGUUUAAAGCUACUUUAAAAGAAGGGGAUUUAUUCAUUAUACCGAGUGGAUGGAUUCAUUCUGUGUUCACCCCUGAAGAUUCCAUCGUCAUAGGAGGGAAUUACCUUACUUUAAAAGAUAUGAAAACUCAAUUGAAAAUAAGUAAUAUUGAACGUGAUACAAAAGUACCGCCCAAAUUUAAAUUCCCCAUGUUUAAUAAAGUUUUAUGGUUAACAAGUUGGUAUUAUUUGAAUCAUAAACAAGAGUAUGUACGUGAUUUACAUCCUGAAGUGAAGUCUGAAGUUAUACAAGAUGAUAAUUCCUUAGAGUAUACUGUCCUAUCUUCACUUAUUGAUAAAUUGAAAUCACAUUAUGAAUUAAGUAAAACAAGUCAAAUCGCAAAGAAAAGUAUACCGACAAAAUUAAUCGGUAAAGACAUUGACUCUUAUCUAGGACAAUUACAAUCAUGGUUAGGUGAGUAUACCACCACCACCACCUAA